UGGAAAAAAUAUAUAUAGCAAGAUAACAAAUUGAACCUAAAGCCUUGCUGGAAAUUACUCUUCGAGGCGCCACUGAGUAUCAAUCUUUCUCUCUAGAAAGAAUUCCAGAUUUUCGUCUUCUUCAACGCCCUGGUUCUAUCUCUACUGGACUUCAACCGGUUUUAUCAGUUUCUUCUCUUAUUUUUUUCUGUCUGAGUUAGUUAUCUAGAUUUGGAAAUUUAAGGUUUUCUCAUUGUGCAGUGAAAAGGAUUCUGGGUUUUUUUUCCCUGGGUUUGAUUAAAUGGAAAAAAUUGAGAAAGGUGAUGGCAUUGAGGAGGAGGAAGAAGAAGAUUCAGAGUAUGUAUUACUUGAUCUUGAUGCCGUUUCUUCUCAGAUUGACAUCCCUCCUAAUGCACCCUAUACAAUCUCCGGUCUGGAUACGAUGAAUCCAAUAUUAAUCAUAGAUGAAAAAGUGAAGCUGAUUGGAGAAUAUGAAGAAACAAUUGGGACUUGCUUCGUCUUCUCCGAGGAUGAAGCUUCACCUGUAGUGUAUGAAGAGACGGGUCCAUCAGAGGCAAAUCUCUUCUCAGGAAAAUGUAUAAUAGAUCCGAAUCAAGCUCCGAGAAAGCAAGUAAAACCGGUUGCUCGACUUCACAAGAUUCUUAAGUUCAGUUUGUUACACGACGAGGACGUUCAAGUUGAAACGAAUUCCCCGAAAUAGUAGCGAACUCGAAUUUUGUAGUUACCUGUCAGUGUUCAUACUUGAAAGUAAUUUAGUGUAAUUUAAGCCUAGUUUUGCUCUGUAUUUCUCAUGCUCCAUUGUUAUUAUUGAUAGGAAUAAAUGAGUUACGAUCGUUAUAGGCGGUUCACCUUUUCUAGUUUGGACGAAGAACCUUAAUAAGUGGUCAGGCGGCCGUUUUCUGUAUUAAAGUCCCCU